AGCUGUGGAAAGAGAUGUUUUAGACCACUAGACAUUUGCUUAAGCGAUGAACAACCUUUGGAGAUAGUGCUAAGCUGAAUUAUGGCCAACAGAUCUAAAACGACGCGUAAAUCGUAAUUCUGUUACAAUUCGAGUGAGGAAGGUUCUUCCUGCUGGUUUCCAUCAUCUGCGUCCAUGUUUAUCGAAGAUUGCUUUAUGUUUAUCUAACGUAAAAUGGCUGUUGAUGCUCUCCCUAAGCGUUAUGUCUUGUCUGGAAUGAUUUUCAUUGGAUUCUUUGUUAUGUCUGGGUUAAGAGUAAAUUUGAAUGUCGCUAUUGGUGCGAUGGUCAAUAAUCACACGGCUGUAGUAGAUGGAGAAACAAUCUGCAGGGAAGCGGAAUUCAAAUGGAAACCCGAACUGAAAGGAGUAAUUCUAGGAGCAUUUUAUUACGGUUACAUGGUGUUCCAAAUCCCAGGUGGAUGGCUGGCUCUACGAGUGGGUGGAGCUCGUCUGUUUGGGGCUGCUGUCAUGAUCGCCUCACUGUUUACUUUGUUGACUCCCAUGGCAACGCGCUGGAGCUCUUUUUCAUUAAUUAUAUUAAGAGUAUUAGAAGGCCUCGUGUUGGGUGUUUUAUUUCCUUGUAAUCACGCUAUGUGGAGUCGAUGGGCGCCUUCAGCUGAGAGAACAACUUUGGUGACGGUUUCAAUCACAGGAGCAAGUAUUGGAUACCUCCUCACUAUGCCUAUUACAGGCUUGCUGACCAAAUAUGGUUUUGAUGGGGGCUGGGCCUCUGUUUUUUACUGCUUUGGUGUGUUUGGUAUUGUAUGGUACAUUGUUUGGCUGAUGGUUGCCUACGAGUCUCCCACACUUCACCCGACCAUAUCAGAUGACGAGAGGUGUCUAAUACAAGAAACAGCACUGGACUUGUCCAAGGUAGAGAAGAUCGUAAUUCCUUGGAAAUCUAUUUUACUAUCGCCACCUGUGUGGGGAAUAAUUGCGGCCAACUUUGCAUUGGAUUGGGCAUUUUAUAUUUUGCUUAUUUCGAUGCCAACUUUUCUACUAGACGUCAUGAAAACAUCUAUCACCAGCAUGGGAUUCAUGGCUGCUGCCCCUUUUCUCGUCAAAGGUGUAUGUUCUCCAUUGUCUGGCUUAGCAGCAGAUAUGCUCAGAAGGAGCACGGUUUCCACAAAGAACGUUAGAAGAUUUUUUUACGCUGCUGGUGCUGUAGCGAGUGGGUUUUUAGUUCUCAUAGCUGGUUACUCUUUAAAUGUCACAGUGAUUGUUAUUUGCAUGAGUCUGGCGGGAUUGACUACGUCUUUAGCGUUCCCGGCAUACACUGUUAACAUGCUGGACAUAGCUCCACGUUAUUCAAGUAUUAUAAUGGGCGUUUGUAAUACUGUUGGAACAACUGCUGGGUUUGUCAGUCCAACCAUAGUGGGAUUCAUUACUCAAGAUAAGACUGCUGAAGAGUGGCAAAGAGUCUUCUGGUUAACAUUUGUAAUUUUACUUGGAGGGACUUUCCUAUUUUGCCUGUUGAUGUCCGGAGAACGACAGGACUGGGACCAAACUGUCAAUAAACCAACAGAUGGAGACACCGAAUCUGGAAGUGCUGCUGGCAGCUAAGACAAUCAUAAACCUGAGCCCGUUACGUGCCUUCGUGUACAAUAUAAUUUGUAGAUUUUA